AUGUGGAACACUUUGGCAGCAACACUCCGUUCUAAAAGGAGAAUUAUAUUUCAUGUUGCAUCAAGUGGGAUAGAAAGUUUGUUGUUACUGUUGCGACAGUUACUAGGUGGAAGAACAACUUAUUCUAGGUUUAAGAUUCCCGUCCCUACAUUGGAAUCUUCAAUUUGCAACAUUAACAAAAAGGAUGAACUUGCUGAGCUUUUACAGUUGACUGAUAUUAUUAUAUGGGAUGAGGCUCCAAUGGCUAACAAGUUUUGCUUUAAGACUCUUGAUAAAUCUUUGAAAGACAUUAUGAGUGAAAAUCCCGAGGCCUCUAAGAAACUAUUUGGAGGCAAAGUCCGCAUUUUUUCUGAGCCAAACGAUGAUUAUGUUGACAUUUCAAUUCCUGAAGAGUUUCUAAUUUCUAAUUUUUCACAUCCUAUUGAGGCUAUUGUUGGCAGUACCUAUCUCGAUCUCAUUCAUAACUCCCAUGAUCCCAACUAUCUGCAAAGUCGUGCAAUCUUGACUUCAACGAUUGAAGUUAUCAAUACAUCACGAAUCUUCUUCCAGGAAAAGAAAAGGAAUACUAGCACUUUAGUAAUGAUUCUAUUGAUAGAUCUGCAACUACAAAUUUUGAUGCAUUUGAGCACUUGA